AGACCGCGACGAAGUCAGUUUGAUGUUGUAUAUUCAACGACACAUAGGGGUCCCAUUGGUCUCGUGUACACCAACAUCAAACUGACUUCAUCACUGGAGAUUGUGCAGGACCAAAACAAGCCUCUGCAGAGAUAGUGUUUGAAGUAUUCUAGAAAUGACUGAAAAAGAGGAGACUAUGGACGCCUCUGACAGCCAUGACAGUGCGCCAUCAGUGAAGAAGAAUGCACGAGCCUCGUUGCUGGACAGCGGGGAGGACUUUGAGGUUUUAGAUGAAGAAGACAUUGACGAUGAACCCCCUCCUCUGGAAGAUGCCGGGGGUGGGAAGGGGGAAAACACAGAUGAGUCUGAAAAGAAAAAUGCAGACACAGAUUCAGACCCUCCAGGUCCAGUGGAGGAAUGGCUGGAUGUAUUAGGUAGUGGCCAGCUGAAGAAAAAAGUCCUGGAGUCAGGGGAAGGGCGAGACAGCCGGCCACAGAAAGGACAGAAUGUAAAGAUUAAUCUUAAAACAUGCCUGAAGGACGGGACACUUGUAGAGGAGCAGCCUGGCCUCCCUUUCACCCUCGGAGAUGGAGAUGUCAUCCAGGCUCUGGAUCUUACCGUCCAACUCAUGGAAAUGGGAGAGAAGGCCCUCAUCCAGGCUGAUGCAAAAUACACAUAUGGUGCUCGGGGGAGUGUUGAACCCGAGGUUCCCCCAAACGCUGAGCUGUCCUUCGAAGUGGAACUGCUGGAAGCUACUGAUGCCCCCGACCUGGAGCUGCUGCCCCCUCCAGAAAAGAUCGCCCUGGCCAGCAAUAAGAGAGAGAGAGGCAACGUUCAUUAUCAGCGUGGGGACUAUGCUUUUGCAGUGAAUUCGUACAGCAUUGCCCUGCAGAUAACAGAGUCUAGUUCUAAAGUUGACAUUAGUCCUGAGGAGGAGAACGAGCUGAUGGAUGUCAGAGUGAAGUGCUUAAACAACAUGGCUGCUUCUCAGCUGAAACUGGACCACUAUGAUGCAGCACUUAAAUCUUGUGUCUCUGCACUGGAACAACAGCCAGACAACAUAAAAGCACUUUUCCGCAUGGGCAAGGUACUAGCCUUGCAAGGGGAAUACACAGAAGCCAUUCAAUGUUUGAGGAAGGCGCUGAAGCUGGAACCAAGCAACAAGACUAUCCACGCAGAGCUCUCCAAGCUGGUGAAGAAGAACUCUGAGCAGAGAGGAGCAGAGCAGGCCAUGUACAAGAAGAUGCUGGGUAACCCCGCUAGUUGUAGCAGCAGCAGCAGUAGCAGCAGCAGCUCACAGAAACACCGGGCCAAGUCUUCAUGGGGUCUCAGCUGGAAAUGGCUGUUCGGGGCCACUGCAGUUGCCAUUGGCGGUGUAGCAUUAUCCGUUGUCAUAGCUGCUAGAAAUUGAACCAAGCCUGUGAUAAGUCUGACCAAGCCCCUGCAAUGUGAGCCUCACAGAAGCACAUCUGGCAGUGCCUUCUGACCUUUGGUCUAGGGGGGUGGAAAUGUCAGUCGGUCGGUCGGUCGCUUCUUCACUGUCACUCUUUUCUCUGCUAUGUUUGAGAACGAUGUGGCGAAUAAUAAAACAUCAAUAUUUACAUAUGGGAACUGUAUUUUCAACCUUAUAAAUGUGUAGGUUUAUGCAUAUCUGUCACGUUACCAGACACUGUUUUCUUUUGCUGCCACUGUUCAUGCCUUUGGUAGUUGGAAAUAGCUUAUUUGAUCAUCGAAAUAUAAAAUACUUUACUCUAGAUUCAGAUAGGAGCUAUUUAAGAAUAUUUUCCCAUUUAAGAAUAGCUAUUGUGAUAUAGUCCUUUGUUAUGCUAUAGUUUUAAAGUGUCAGAUUGUGCAGUUAAAUUAAUAUUUACUAUCCAAGAGAGUGAUUUCACUUGGUUUUAACUAUGGUACAAUGUUUAAUCCUGACUGAUGUUAAUGCAGAUGUUAUAAUAUUUGAGCUCCACAGGUUUCACUUCCUUGCUUUGGACUACACAUACACUAAGUGAACAGAAUAGAAACUGUACUGUACAAUGCAAUGCAACGCAACGCAACAGUCAAUAUCUGUUGAGAAUGUUGCUGAAGUUGUUUGUGUGUUGACUCAGUUCUAUGGCGCGUAUUGAGGCUGGAGUUUGUUGUGAUAUUAUACAGCAAUGUGUUCCUUAAAUUAUAUCCACCUCAUUAACAUAUAUGGAGCAAAUAUAUUAGAAACAAAUACAAUACAACAACCUGCAGCCUCACAAAGUACCAUAUACUUGAAUCAAUGCCUCUCUGACACUGUCAACAGCAACAAACUAAUAUAAUAACUUAAAUCAACAUCAUGGCUUGGAAGAUUCUAUAUUCUUGGUCAGAGCUUAAGUAGGUGUGCUGUACUUUCUUUAUAUUUCUUGUUAAUAGAGGUGCAGUUAUUACCUUUAAAACAAGGACGGAGAAUGAUACAUACAUGUAGUGUUUCUCAGUGAUGUGGCUAUGAUUAAUGCUGAAUGAAGAGUUUAUUUUUAUUAUUCCUUUUCAAUCGAUUAUACCUCAAUUUUUGAUGAUUAAGACCAAAUGUUAAAGAAUGACCAUUCGUGUACAAUGUUGGAGGUAUUUUUUUUUGUCCUCUAGUUUUUUUUGCCUGUGAAGUUGUCUUUAAAUUAUGUUGCUUUAGGUGUUUAUUCCACUGUUCUUCGAUCAUUACUUUCUUACACAUAGAGUUAAUGUGACACCAAUGAAUCUGUGGCUUCUUCAGUGUAGAUUGCAGGCCUACAGAGCCAAAAGUUGCAUAAACUCUUUAACGGUUGGUGGCAAAUGAAGUGGUCGUGAAAGUUCCUGGCAUUCCCUGUAUUUGUUAAUUUUAUAUUCAUCACAAUAAAAUGUGUCUGUUAUCAAACUAUA